CUUCACGAUUUUUUGAUUUCGGCUUCAUCCCGCAGUUGCUGGCCGGUCCCGAUCCGUUUACGAACGACGCAACACAAAACCCGCGCGUCCCCCGACAGAGACUCGCCAAUGCGACCGUCAUAGCACCGGAUCGACGUUAAUUCCAUCCACACCGCACCGGGAGAGGAGAAAAACCAUGCCUCCGUCACUCCCCCUGCAGUCCAGCCUGCGGGCAUCGGCAUCGGCAUCGGCAUCAGCUUCCAAACCCUCCAGCAGCAUCUCGACCCUCCUCAGCAAGACCCUCCUCAGCAGCCGCAUCACCCGCCGCGCCCUCACCACCACCCCCCUACUACAAUACAAACAACCCCCCGUACCGGGCUCCUCCCUCCCGAUCCCCUCCGCGCGCGCCCCCUGUCCGGAGAUCCCACCCUACCCCUACGGCCCGCGGCCCUUCUACCACCAAUCCAACACCGGGCUCUACGGCAGCGCAGCGAUCCGCUUCGGCAACAACGUCUCCGAAAAACACAACGUCAAAACCCGGCGCAACUGGCGGCCCAACGUGCACCACAAGCGUUUGUGGUCUGAAUCCCUCAACGUCUUUGUCUCGACCCGUGUGACCGCCCGCGUGCUGCGCACGAUUGACAAGGCCGGUGGACUGGACGAGUACCUGCUCAAGAGCAAACCGGCAAGGGUUAAGGAUCUGGGACCGUGGGGUUGGAGGCUGCGCUGGCGGAUUAUGCAGACUCCGGUCGUGAGGGAGAGGUUUGCGAGGGAGAGGGAGGCGCUUGGGUUACCGAUGAAGGUGGAGGAGGAGGAGGAGGGUGUGAUGGCGACGCUGCCGGAUGGAAGUACUGUUUCGGGAGAGGCGCUGAUGGCGGAGACGGAUAGGAUGUUGAGUGAUGAGGCUGUGUUUGAGCUUGGUGCAAGGGAAGCGGAGGAGACGGGGGAUAAGUUCAUGCGGGAGGAGAAGCCGGUGAAGGAGUAGGGUUUGUGAGCAUGGGCAUACGUAUCAUCAAGAUCUGUACAAUAUGUAAACUUUGAUGUGUAAAACGGGCCAAGUCCCUACCAGUUGUCCUGGGGAUUCUUUACACGAAGCUCAUGGCAAAAUGGUAUUCAGUACGGCUUAGCAUCAUGUACCAAGUGUCAUCGGACGAUCACCAAUACCAUCCAGGAUUGAGUUCAGGUUCAGGGCGAAUCCAUCAAAAUGACAA